UUCCAAGGGGGGCAUGAGCUACAAAAUCUUCAGAAAAGGGUAGAAAAAUACCCAAGUGCCAGUCCUCACUGGCUAUGGGGGAGCAAAGUCACCCUCACAGUCUAUGAUCCGGACUACAUGAAGGUGGUCCUGGGGCUAUCAGACCCAAAGUCUCAUGGCAUCUACAGAUUCAUGGCUCCCUGGACAGGGUACGGUUUGCUCCUGUUGAAUGGGCAGAUGUGGUUCCAGCACUGGCUCAUGCUGACCCCAGCCUUCCACCAUGACAUCCUGAAGCCCUAUCUGGGACUCAUGGUCGACUCUGUCCAUGUGAUGCUAGACAAGUGGGAAGAGCUCAUCGGACAUAACUCAUAUCUGGAGAUCUUUGAGCAUGUCUCCUUGAUGACCUUGGGCACCAUUAUGAAGUGCGCCUUCAGCUACCAGGGCAGCCACCACGCAGACAGGUCACUGAAAUUCUCAGACAACCAGAUCUCCCAGUCUUACACCCAGGCCAUUCAAGACCUGAACAACCAGAUCAUUUCCCGGGUGAGGAAUGCUUUCCACCAGUACGACAUCAUCUACAGGCUGACCCCUGAAGGCCGCUGGAACCACCGGGCCUGCCAGCUUGCCCGUCAACACACAGACCGAGUGAUCAAAAUGAGGAAGGCUCAGAUGCAGGAGGAGGGAGAGCUGGAGAAGGUCAGGAGCAAGAGGCAUUUGGACUUCCUGGACAUCCUCUUCUUUGCCAAAAUGGAGGGCAGGAGCAGGUUGUCUGACAAGGACCUCCGUGCUGAAGUGGACACGUUCAUGGCUGCUGGCCUCGACACCACAGCCAGUAGCAUCUCCUGGAUUCUCUGUUCCCUGGCCACACAACCUGAGCAUCAGCAGAGGUGCUGAGAGGAGGUCCAGAGUCUCCUGGGGGAUGGUGCCUCCAUCACCUGGUGAAACCACCUAGACCAGAUGCCCUACACCACCAUGUGCAUUAAGGAGGCACUGCGACUCUAUCCACCAGUUCCAAACAUUAGCAGAGAACUUAGCAAGCCCAUCACCUUCCCUGAUGGACGCUCCUUACCCAAGGGAUUCCUAGUGACCCUUUCCAUUUAUGCCCUUCACCACAACCCAAAGGUGUGGCCAAAUCCAGAGGUGUUUGACCCUUCAAGGUUUGCACCAGGUUCUGCUCGACACAGCCAUACUUUCCUGCCCUUCUCAGGAGGAGCAAGGAACUGCAUCGGGAAGCAGUUUGCCAUGAAUGAGAUGAAGGUGGCAGUGGCUCUGACACUACUUCGCUUUGAGCUGGCACCAGAUCCUUUCAGGGUCCCUGUUCCCCAGCCAAGAUUUCUGCUGAAGUCCAAGAAUGGGAUCCAUCUGCAUCUCAAGAAGCUCUCUAACCCCUGUGUAGACAAGAAUGAGCCACAAAGGCCUCCUGCCAGCUCCCCUGAUCUCCUCCUCUAA